GUCACCAAACGGCGCCGCAGUUAUCGCGAUAUCACUGUAUUGAUGUCUAGUUGUGCACUAGAAAGUGUCAGUGAGGUUAGACUGGGUAACAAUUUCCCAAACCACUCAAAUCAGAGACUAGUGUUUAAUUAGUUUCGUUAAUGCCUAAAUCUGAGCUUUUAUAUUUGUGUUUUUAUAAACCUGACGUGUGACACCGUGAGGGAAAGACAACAGCAGCGGUCUCAUCCAAACUGUACAGGCCAACAGUACCACAACUGGAUCAAACAGUGUGUCGUAAAGCGAGCAAAUGGCGCUGAAAAGAAUCCAGAAGGAACUAACAGACCUACAGAGAGAUCCGCCAGCCCAGUGUUCAGCCGGACCAGUCGGAGAAGACCUGUUUCACUGGCAGGCAACAAUAAUGGGGCCGAAUGACAGUCCGUAUCAAGGAGGAGUAUUCUUUCUUACAAUUCAUUUCCCAACAGACUAUCCCUUUAAACCACCAAAGGUUGCAUUUACAACAAAAAUCUACCAUCCCAACAUUAACAGUAACGGGAGUAUUUGCCUGGAUAUCCUACGAUCUCAAUGGUCACCUGCACUUACUGUUUCCAAAGUGUUGUUGUCCAUCUGUUCCCUGUUAUGUGACCCAAACCCAGACGACCCGCUUGUACCUGAGAUCGCACAUACAUAUAAAGCAGACAGAGAAAAGUACAACAGACUAGCAAGAGAAUGGACGCAAAAAUACGCCAUGUGAGAGUGCCUGUGACUAAAACACUAAAGAAGCAAAAGGACAAAGAAACGUGUUUUUACUUUUAACAAGAGGAGUAAAAAUAAAUGAAUGUUGAGGGGUGGGGACAACUAAACAACAAACCCUUGGAGAGAGGAGCCAGGAGAAAGCGGAGGUGAGGAGGCUGGCGAAUCCGCUGUCAUGUGCCGUUCUCCCAGACCCAGUGUCAGAGCGGCCUAACCUGGAAUAUUCCAGGAAAACUGUCAAACCGGACAAACCUCGGGGUACCACAACCCAGGAUGUUAGACUUGUACUACUGUUAGUUCUAUUAUUGUUAUUAUUGUGUAUUUUCUUCGUGUUAAUGUUGCCAUUCUUUAAUUGUCAUCUCUGUUAAUGUGCUCUUAUUGAUGUCACUAUUAUGUUUUGCCGAAUGAUGAAAUGUCAGGAAGUUGAAGGAAUGCUGGUGAGGCAGGCCUGGUCAUCUCAUUGGAGUUUAUGGGAAUCAUUUUGACUAGGGUACUAAAAUUGACACAUUUGACUCAGUUCAACAGAUUCAGACAGAAUGUAAAACUACUUUGUUUUAAAGAAAAACAGACCUCGCUUGCAACUCCGCCAGCCAACUUCAAGUCAUGACAUUUCAUGAAACACUAUGAAUGUGAUUAAAAGCUAAAUGUAAUUGAGCAAAUGGACAUUUUGACAGGCUGCGGUCAAAAAAUGGAUGAGCUGGUCUACAACGUUGUGCUGUAAAAAAAGGGAAAUAUUUGACAUUUUUAAUUUAAACUGUUUUAAAUGCGUUUCGUUGGUUAUAGUCAUAUCUCUUUUCAACAUAUUUUUCAUUUAAUCUGUUUCAGAUUUAACUCAUUUGAUAUUCACCUCAGCUGCAUGUGCAUGAUAUGGCAGAUGUGUACGUAUUUGUUUUGAUAAUUAUUGUAAAAUUGCUUUAGAAAUCAGCAGAUUUUUAUACGUGUCUUAAAAAUUCGCCCACAAUUGCUUGCAAAAGAAACAAAAUAGGGGAGAAAAAUGCUGAACGUUGGCAUUGAAAAUAAGAAAACGCCACCAUUUCUGCCAAAUUUGAUAAAUCCCCUUUCAUAUUUGCAGGCAAAGGGUCGGUCAUAGCGUAUGAAUGCAAUAUUUUUCACUUAUUUAGCGUUUAUCUCUUCUACAGAUCUAUCAGCAAGAGUGUAAUUCUUAAUCUUUAGAUACUCUUGUUGCUGUAGUUACUAAUAUAACUAACUGAGUAGAUGGUACGUUUAAUGUGACCAGCGCAGGUGCUAGACUAAAGUACUUGUACUGUAGAUUUAUUGUUUAUCAAGAUGUUUACACCCAACAGGGAAGAAGCUGUAAAGUUAGAAAGUCUCUGAAUGAUCUCUGUUGAAAAGUGUGAACAUCUCACUUUCCCCCGGUGCUGCUCUUGAAAAGCCCAUGCCUCUAUUUUACUAGGUUACUAGACUCCCUGAAAAGGGCUAAAUGUUGUCAGGUUCAUUUUUAUCACCAUAUUUGUGUACUGCCACACAAGACAUUCGUGUCAGAUUUUGUUUUGGAUGUGUUUUUAAAGGAAUAGUGUAUCGUUUACUCAACCUCAAGUUACUGCAGUUAUUUUCAGUAUAGCUUUACAAUAAUGUUUGAUUUGUUAAGUAAGGGAUGCUUGCAUUGCAUUAUAGGAUUUUAACUUCAUGACACGGACGCAAAGAACCACCUGAUAAAAUAAGCAGCUUACAGUCGCAAUUAAUCGUUUGCAGAAUAAAAGUUUUUGUUUACAUCAUGUGUGUGUGUGUGUGUGUAUGUAUAAUAAUUUUGUAUAUAUAAAUACACAUGCAUGUAUAAUUUUAAGAAAAUAAUAUGUGUAUAUAUUAAGUAUUUAUAUACAAUAUAAAUUAUAUAUACAAGUAUAUAGACAUGUAAAUAUUUCUUAAAUAUAUACAUGCAUGUGUGUGUAUUUAUAUAUAUAUAUAUAUAUAUAUAUAUAUAUAUAUAUAUAUAUAUAUAUAUAUAUAUAUAUAUACAUACAAAAAUAUAUUAUACACACACGUAUAUGAUGUAAACAAAACUUUUAUUUUGCAAAUGAUUAAUUGCGACUACACUGUAAAAAAUUUGCCGUAAUUAUGCAGCUGGUUGCCAGUAACUUACUGUAGAAGAUAAAAACUGAAAAUGUUUCAUGUUCAUUUAACUUUGAACGAACUCUUGCCAGUAAAUAACAUAAAUGUAAAAUCUACAGUAAGUUACUGGCAGCUAGUUGCCAGUAAUAACCAGUAAUACUGUAAUUUCUACAGAAUUUUUUUUACAGUGUAGUUGUUAUGUAGCCCUAGUAAAUAACUCUGUGUGUUUCUCAAAAAUGAAUGAUAUACAGGUUUUUAAAAACAUGAGAGUGAGUAAAUGACUGAAUGUUUCUUUAGGAGGACAUCGUUUCCAUUGUGUCAAAUUUUUAUUACAUUUUUAAAAUGUUUAAAAUUAUGCCAACUUUCCCUUAGCUUGACUCAAAGGCUUAGGUGCCAUCUUUUAACCUGAUUUUUUCAUUACUUAAUGGUUACAUGUCUUUUAGAACAUUUAAAUUUAUUUAUUUAUUCGCUAUUUAUUUGUUGUCUUCCAGUUAUUGGCUUAAAUGCAUUCGGUCUGGAUUUAUGUGUCGUGUUCUGUAUAAUGGUUCAUCUGGCAAUUCGAGCUACAACAUUAUUAUGAGAUUGCGCUAUAAGGCAGUAUGCAUGCUUUGCACUCUGGUGGGCUACAACCUUCUCCCGCAGCUAUUUGCAAGAUAUCAGGGAUAUUUUUGUCCAUUCACCUCCCCCGAGACCUUCAAUAAAACUCCAGCCUUAACAUCAUUGUAUAAGCAGCUGUACUGUAUUGUUCACCUUUGUGUUUUACAUUUGGAUUUGGGUUUUAACUAUUGGAUAGGUACUGUACUUUUCUGUGUAACACACACAGAGCCAUAAUUUCUUCUUGAUAACUGUAUGUGCUAUAAAGGCCCUGUCAUCUAACCUGCUCUCUCAUGAAAACCAGACUCAGUAUAGCUGAGACUAACCUCCAAGGUGUCAACUUUAGUGAAUAAAGCUCCUUUUGUUUUAUA